UUUCACUCAAGCCUCUGCAUCUCCAGAUAAGGGAACACCUCAAUUACCAAUCCAAUCAUGGCAACGGACGUAACUUUCGAUACGAGCAUGGGCUCGUUCACAGUAGAGCUUUACAACUCGCACGCACCCAAGACUUGUAAGAAUUUCGCCACACUCGCGCAAAGGGGUUACUAUAACAAUGUCAUCUUCCACCGCAUCAUUCCGAACUUUAUGGUUCAGACCGGUGAUCCUACUGGCACCGGCAGAGGAGGAAGCUCUAUCUAUGGCGAGAAGUUUGAGGAUGAAAUUCGCACAGAUCUUAAACAUACAGGAGCCGGGAUAUUGAGUAUGGCAAACAGUGGACCAAAUACCAACGGUAGUCAAUUUUUCAUAACACUCGCUCCUACCCCGUGGUUGGAUGGCAAGCACACGAUCUUCGGCAGGGUCAAAAGUGGAAUGAGGGUGAUUCAACGCAUGGGACUGGUAAAGACAAACGCUGAGGAUAGACCGGUUGACGAGGUCAAGAUCAUUCGUGCCAGGGUUGUCGAAGAAGGAGGGGAGUGAAAUGGGGGCUAGAUACUGUUUCAUCGCGGGCGACUGGGAUCAGGUUGGAACCUAUAUCGAUACCAUCUCGCCAAUGUCCGUCUUUUGCAGGCGACUCGUUGACAUUACUACUCGCGUGGGUUUAAGCAGAGGUUCAUGACUGGGACAGCCUUAACCACCUCCCCUUUGGGAAUACAGCGAACGUAGAGUAUGCUUAGGGCCACACAUUUGCAUCCUAGUAUACACGCCGAG